UCCUAGAGGUGUGGAUGGUUGUUUGUCUUCUCUUCAGUCUGCAGAGGAUUAUCUGAUGAAACUGAAGGAUGGCCUGUUUAGCAGUGUAGCCAGUUUAUAGUGAGGUGGCUGCUGCCAUGGCAAGCAAAAAUACAGACUCAGAGAAACUGCGGCCUCGUAGGCGCCCCUGGAGAAAGACCACUUCGCGUUUUUCAUGCAGACUGUUCUGCUGCUCAUGUUUGCAAGGCGAGGAGAAGGAUCCUCUGCAGGAGCAGGAAAAGAAGAUAAAUGGGGGCCCUCAGCAUCCACACAUGGAUCAACAGGGAUCAGGUGAGAAGGAGGCUAUCCAGAUUACAGUGGAGGAUCUGGGGAUAGUUAACGCCAGCUUCAGCCUGUUUGAGGAAGACCCCAUGACCUCGAGGAGCAACAUGGCUCGCUCAGCCAGCUCUGUGUCCGCCUGCCGGAGAGCUCUGAAAGAGAAACGACUGAAGCCUCUGUCUUCACUGCCUAUUCAGCCCCAAUCCGAACAGGCCAUCACUUCUACCAGUGGGGAAGAUGAUGAAGAAGAGGAGGAAGACCCAUUGCUGUUUGAGAGUGGUACUGAUAGCACACCAGCUUCAGGGAGCCUCCUGACACCACCAGUCAUCAACUUGAUUCCACCCACUCCCUCUGAUGUCGUUGACGAUGAUCAGUUCUUUGACAUUAAUUCAGAGGAAAGUGUGGAACAUACUUCGGGAAGUGAGGGAAGCUUUGCUACUCAGGAUCAGGAGAGCUAUGAGGAGAAGAUGGACAGUGUGGAGCCAGAGGAGUCAAAGGAGGGGGGGUUCUCUGAGAAUCAGUUUGGUGCUGAUAGAACAGCUAAGCCUGAGGAGGGCAUAAAUGAUCAGCUCAGAGAAGAAAGGGAUGCUGUGGCAACCAAAGAAGGGGAUAAAGAAAAAUCAAAGCCCAGGUUCUUACGUAGUGCCUACCAGGUGGCUCCUAUCCCUGAGUACCCGCAGAAAAAUGUCCUGAGCAAUAGAGAUGUGAGCUGCUCUGACAUGCUGAAGGCUGAACUUUGUCUUCUUCCUCACGCCGGCACGAUGGACACAUUUACUCAUCAAAAGAAACCGUUAACUCGCUCCUGCAGUCUUGGGGACACACUUACCAGCAGCACCACUUUCCACACUUUAACCCAGGCCACAAACCAACAACAGGAAGAGGAGGGGUCGCCACGGCAACGACGCAUAACUGUUGCAUCAUAUAUGCCUCUGUCUAAGGAUCAGAAUGGAAACUUCCCUGAGAAGGACAUGGACAGGCAAGUGGCCAAAUCCCUCAAGGAGCUGAACACAGAUGAAGUCUGCCAGUGGUUUACCAGUAUUGGACUGCAGAAAUGUCUCCCUUUCAUCAGAGAAGCAAAACUGUGUGGAGCAGACUUAGCUUCAGUAGAUAUGAAGACUCUGGACAUCCUCCAUAUUGCCACACUGGAAGAUAGGGAGCAGUUACUGUCUGCCAUUUAUAAUGAGCUGCAUCCUCCAAACGCCAUGACCCAGAGACUUGACUCUCUACUUGAAUCUGUAGGGCCUAAUAAUGUUGAGACAUUCACUGCAGCAUUAGUGUCGAUGAGUAAGUCAAAGUCCUCUCCUCAUGUGAGCUGCCUGACCAAGAAUCGGCGUUCCCUCAAGCUAAGAAACAAUAGCCAACACUACAUGGUACAGAGGAAUUCUCAUCUGAUAGAGAUCACUAUUAAUGCAACAGAUCGGAUAGUUCAUCUCAGAACCCCAAAGGAAACAACAGUUGGAAAAAUCAUGGAUUCGUGUAUCAAAACGCUGGGAAUGACAGAAGAUAGAAGCCUAUUCAUAAUGAAAGAUAAGCCAGAUUCACCCAAGGAGCUCUCACCAGAUCAGCAGAUUAAGAAUCUGCUGAUGUCAACAUCAGGGAACAGGCAACUGGAACUGCACUUGUGUAAAAUGGAGAAACCACCGAGUCCUGCUUCCCAAAACAGCCCAGAAGUCAACAGCUCUGAUGAGAACAGCAACGCCAACAAAAAUGUCCAGGCAGCUAAAGAGGAGAGGAUCAGGGAGUUAAAGCAACAGGUGGACUCGUUACAAAAUGUCAUCCUUCAGGUCCAGGAGCUCCACCACGGCCUGGUGGAAUUCUGCUCAGAGUUAAAGAACAUGGAUGGAGAUGUGAAUGUAGACAGACUUGGCUCUGCUGAGCUGAAACAGAAGCUGGAGUUGGUCAAAAGCCGACUGAACGACAAGAGGCAGAGCCUGCAGACCCUUAGAGACAACAUUAACAACGCUGCUGCUCACAAGAAGAAACAGUUCGAUGUUCGCCUUUUGGAAAAGAUGAAGCUGAACUGCCAGGUGUUUAAGGAGGAAAUUUCCAUGGUACAUCUGAACCGACAGGUGGCUCACCUCCAAAAUGCUCUACAAGAAAGCUAUAUUAAGGAGAAAGCUCGGAAAAAGAGUUUGGCCAUCAGUAGCCUGAGCCAGCUGGUGUCGCCACAGUCUCCAGCCAUACUGCUGGUUGUCCAGGAGACCCAGGGACCUGAUGGCUGCUAUGGCUUUACAUGUCACUACAAAGAGGGCUGUGGCCUAGUGGUGGCCAAGGUGGACAACUCGCACCUAUGCGUGGGUGACAGGCUGGUGGAGUUGAAUGGUGUAAUGGUGGUCAACUCUACAGAGGAGGAGCUGAGUGACCUCCUGCUCCAGGGACCAAGUGCUCAGAUUGUUGUCCUGCGCCAGCCCCCAACCACCCCCACCUCCCAACAGCACCCUCUGCUCCUGCAGCACAUGGUUAACCCUGAUCCCCAGCAAACAAUCUGCCCAGAGAAGGAUGGUGUCACCACGGAAACCCCACCACAGCGGAAGUUGAUGGCCAUCUGAUGAGAAGGGGUAGAGAGAGAGAAAUAAAGACAAAUACAGACUGACUGAGAUAAACAACGCUGAUGAAGAUGAUGCAAAGUGUUUUUUCAUUUUAUUAGAUCGAUGUCCAUCCAUAGAAUUCCCCCUAAUGUGAAAUGACAUGUAAUCUUUUGCUAGUUAUUUACCCACAUAACUGAACAUUGUUAUUGUAUUGAUGAAAUUUUCUUAGUUGCCUAAUUCCUCGCUAUCGGAACUCAAGUGGUAUUUUUUGUUUUUAUUUGACUUUUUCCUACUUUAAAAAAAAAAGGUUUACUAUAUUUACUUAACUUUGUUCUUAAGAGAGAAAUGUAUAAUCCAUACUCUUUCAGUGUAUGUGCAGAACACUCCCUAUGAAAAACAUAUUUCCAACAAAAACAAUGAACACAAAGCCUAUAGUAUUGUUUUUUUUCAAUUUGGUUCCCUCCUUGUUCUACAUCAUAUUUGUGGGAUGAGGGAGAGCUGGAAAGUACAAAUAAAGAAACACAAAGGCAGAUAGAGCGUUUGCUCCACUGGAUAUGUGAUAAGCAUUUCUUUUUUUAGCAUCCAGCAGUGUAAAUCCUGAGGGUACAACAAUGCAAGCCUGAUGAGGACACUGUAUGAUUCACCUUUUCAAAGUACCGAAACUGGGUAGAAAACAUUUGAUGUAGAAGACAUGUAGAAGCUUUGUAUUCUGUUUGCAAGCUUUCUCUAUGCAGAUUAGACACUAAGAUGAUCUGGUGUUCAGUGUUCAGAGCAGAAGAUUUCUUUAAAAAAUGGGUUGCGUCUCCACUGUGUCUGUUGUAAUGUAAUCCACUGUGCUGUAGGAAUAAA